CUUGCCAUUGCAAUUGCAAGUCUCCGUCGCUCCAAUUUCCUCGCAGCGGUAGGUCUGAAUAGCUACCCCUCUUCAAGAUCGCUUCGGGUGCUGGACUUUCGCGUCGUGUCGUCUGUUGUCGUCGCUGUUCGUCUGCAACGGCAUUGCGAGCAAUUCGGUGCCCAAGCUUGCCUCCAUUGCGUUUGCACUCUUCUUGCAGCAAUUGGAUCGUUCCUCUCCCAUCGUCGUGCCUCGCAACACUUGCUGACGACAUAAAAGACCAGACUUCUCCUUCACUCACGCAUCUUGUCCUCCGAAAUCAUCCUCCUCUUUUCUUCUUCCUCGCCGUAGGCACAGCCCAUCAAAAUGUCCGCCAAAGCGAUCUUCGAAGCCGAUGGCAAGGCCAUUCUCAACUACCACCUGACCCGCGCUCCCGUCAUCAAGCCGAGUCCUCUUCCCGCGCCCACCACUCACAACCCUCCCAGCAGACUCGCCUCGCUGCAUUUCCCUGAGGAUGCCGCCGUUGAGGACGUUCUGAACCAGGCCGAGGUCACCUACCCCUGGCUGCUCCAGCCCGGUGCCAAGUUCGUUGCAAAGCCCGAUCAGCUCAUCAAGCGACGAGGCAAGAGCGGUCUGCUGGCUCUGAACAAGACCUGGGCCGAGGCCAGGGCUUGGGUUGCUGAGCGCGCUGGCAAGGAGCAGAAGGUCGAGCACACAGUUGGCGUUCUGCGUCAGUUCCUGGUCGAGCCCUUCGUUCCUCACCCUCAAGACACAGAGUACUACAUCAACAUCAACUCAGUCCGUGAUGGUGACUGGAUCCUCUUCACCCACGAGGGUGGUGUCGAUGUCGGUGAUGUCGACGCCAAGGCUGAGAAGCUCCUGAUCCCCGUCGACCUCUCAGAGUACCCUUCCAACGAGGAGAUUGCCGCUGCUCUCCUCAAGAACAUUCCCUCUGGUCUUCACAAUGUCCUGGUUGACUUCAUCACCCGGCUGUACGCCGUCUACGUGGACUGCCAGUUCACCUAUCUCGAGAUCAACCCGCUGGUCGUGAUCCCCAACGAGGACAAGACCUCGGCCGCCGUUCACUUCCUGGAUCUUGCUGCCAAGCUCGACCAGACCGCCGACUUUGAGUGCGGUGUCAAGUGGGCUAUUGCCCGAUCUCCUGCUGCCCUUGGCCUGACCAACGUGUCUGGCAGCGACAAGAUCAGCAUCGAUGCUGGCCCCCCGAUCGAGUUCCCCGCCCCCUUCGGCCGUGAACUCUCCAAGGAGGAGGCCUUCAUUGCCGAGCUGGACGCCAAGACGGGUGCUUCUCUGAAGCUCACCGUGCUGAACCCUGCGGGCCGCAUCUGGACUUUGGUUGCCGGUGGUGGUGCUUCGGUCGUGUACGCUGAUGCCAUUGCCUCAGCAGGCUUUGCCGACGAGCUGGCCAACUACGGUGAAUACUCCGGUGCUCCCACCGAGUCACAGACCUACCACUACGCCCGGACGGUCCUGGACCUGAUGCUGCGUGCCCCCAUGGCCGAGCAGGGCAAGGUUCUCUUCAUUGGUGGUGGCAUUGCCAACUUCACCAACGUUGCCAGCACCUUCAAGGGCGUCAUCCGCGCCCUCCGCGACUUUGCUCCCCAGCUGAUCGAGCACAACGUGCAGAUCUGGGUGCGUCGUGCCGGCCCCAACUACCAGGAGGGUCUUAAGAACAUGAGGGCCGCCACCCAGGAGCUUGGCCUCAACGCCAAGAUCUUCGGCCCCGAGAUGCACGUCUCGGGUAUCGUUCCCUUGGCCCUCAUCCCCGGCAAGUGGGAGAGCAGCAAUAUCGAGGAGUUCAAGGCUUAGAUGGGGUAGAAGAAAAAAAUCACGGGGGUUACCAAGGGAUCGUGCUACGGACAAUAAUAUAGCUAUCUAUCAGCUCAAAGUGUUAUUGUUGCGUUGCUUUUUCUGUAUUUUGCAAUCUAGAACGGAUGGUGGGGUAAAGAUUUAAUUGUUUUAUAGCCAUGAGAAGGCUUUCACAGAAGAAGGGCAAAAGAGAGGAAGAAAGCAAAGGCUGGGUAAAGGGAACGUCGAUGUCCGCCGUACCUUGGGCUUGUAAGGAGACGGCAUUGAACGACACAGACAUGAUAAUACAAACUCAUUUGACAAAUGCCUACCGAGCUGUGUGAUUUAGCCGAUA